CCGCGGCCCCACGCGGGUCGGGACGCGACGCGACGCCGAACACCCGCCCGCACCCCCCGAGGCGACGCGGCCAUUUUACCGCCGGGCCCCGAGCCGGCCCUGCGGAGCGCUGCACUGUGCCGCGCCGCGCCGCGCGCACCGCCCGUUCGCCGGGGCCGGGCCGCCGCCAUUUCCGCGCGACGGGGGGCGGAGCUGGGCCGCGCCGGGGCAGGCCAUGGCGGGAGCUGCGGGAGCGCUGCCCGCUGCGGCGGCGCGGCUAGGGCACGCCGUGGCGGCCGCGUCGGAGACCCGGCUGGAGAGCGUGCGAGCGCUGGCGAGCUUGUUCCGGGAGGCGCAGCCCAGAGAAAUGGCAGAAGAAAGUGUAUUUCGGAAUCUCCUGGAAAUCCUGAUGAGCGCCUCAAGUGAAAUUGAGCAGGCCUGCAAGGGUUCCUGUGAAUUCGUAGAUCUAGACACCUGCCUGCUGCUCACAGCAGAGUGUUUCAGAUGUCUGAGGAAUGCCUGUGUUGAGUGUGCCAAGAAUCAACAUGUCAUGAGGAACUUGGGUCUCAUCUCUACGUCUGUCCAUUUGAUCAAAUUGCUUCAUGGAAUACAAAUCAAAGAAGAAUUGUUAUUGACUGCUCUUCGUUGUAGUCUCCAGUUUCUUGGAAACAUUGCAGCAGGAAAUGGAGAUUCCCAGAAUAGCAUUUGGAAGUGUGCUUUCCCAGAUCUCUUCUUGAAGUGCCUAACGUACAGUGAUGAGAAAAUCGUUGCCUAUUGUUGUAUGGUCCUGUUCACCUGCCUUAAUUCAGAGAAGGUGAGAGAACUACUGGAUCCUGGGAACUUGCUUGUGGCUCUUCGUGUCCUGAAAGUCUACAGAGAGCAGUUGGAGUCUGAGUGGUCGUUCUUGAUUGUUACAGACCAUUUGCUGAAAUGUCCAGUGUUGGUAAAAGCCCUCUAUGCCAAACUGAGCAAUCAAGAAAGAGUUACUUUGUUAGAGCUGAUAAUGGCGGAAGUAAGUGAGAACAACCCAGUUACCAGUGAAGAAAUGAAUGUGUUCAUGAGACAUGCUGACUUCAUUGCAGGCUGUUUCCGAGAGAAAUGUGAAGCUGUGCUCAAGUUAACUUCUGCAGCAGAUACAGAAGAUGAGGAAGCCCUGGUUACAAUUCGUCUUCUUGACGUUCUUUGUGAAAUGACAUCAAACAACGGACAGCUAGAACAUCUACAGGCUUUGCCUGGUUUGCUUGAAACAGCCAUAGAUACCCUGAGAUUAACUCAUCUUGCUGGGAAACAGGCUAUAAAUAUUUUCACUGCCACACAUGCUAUGACAGGGCAGGAAGAAAUUUCACAUCCAGCUGUGGGUUUUAAAUCUCAUCUCAUUCGUUUGAUUGGAAAUUUGUGUUACAAAAAUAAGGAAAACCAAGACAAGGUUUAUGAGUUAGAUGGCAUCCCCUUGAUCCUGGACAACUGCAGCAUUGAUGACAACAAUCCUUUUGUGAACCAGUGGGCAGUAUAUGCUAUCCGAAAUCUCACUGAACAGAAUGAGAGAAACCAAGAGCUUAUUGCGCAGAUGGAGGAGAAGGGGCUGGCAGACAAUUCUGCCCUUGAGAGGAUGGGUUUAGAGAUAGAGAAACGAGAUGACAAGUUAAUUCUGAGAUCUGUCAAGAAAAAGCCCUUGUGAAUAAAAAAUAAAGAACAGUCAAAUCAUUAAAAGAGGAUUUCUCUUUUAAAAUAUUUUUCCCUGUUCAGCCAAUCAAGAUUUCUUCGGGUUUAGUUCCAGUCUACUGGAAGUCUUACGUUCAUAAUCAGAAAAACUGACAAAUGAUACUUCUGCCUCACUGAUGUAAACAAAAGGACACCUACACAUUUUCCUAAAUACCUAGGUAAAUUAACCUAUGGGAAAAGAUCCUUCUUUUCAGAUAUUCAAAAUGUCAUUACUUUCUUGGUUUGUAAAUAGAAAGAUGUCAUGUGUGCAGUAUUGAGUUGUUACAAUUUCCAGUGCUGAACCUGAAGAUAACUAUCAUUAAAAACUCCCCAAAGAAAUAA